UGUUUCUGCAGUCGGUCAUACCAGGACGGAAGGUGCUCUGUGUCUCCUGGGAGCAUGGCCAGAAUGGAUGUGGUCAUUGGGCCACCACAGGCUGCAGCACGAUGGGCACCAGAGAUACCAGCACCAUCUGCCGUUGCACCCACCUGAGCAGUUUUGCCGUCCUCAUGGCCCCCUAUGAUGUACAGGAGGAGGAUCCUGUGCUGACUGUCAUCACCUACAUUGUGCUGAGCCUCUCUCUGCUGUGCCUCCUCCUGGCGGCCCUCACCUUCCUCCUGUGCAAAGCCAUCCAGAACACCAGCACCUCACUGCAUCUGCAGCUCUCACUCUGCCUCUUCCUGGCCCACCUCCUCUUCCUCGUGGCAAUUGAUCGAACCGAACAUGAGGUGCUGUGCGCCAUCAUCGCCGGUGCCUUGCAUUAUCUCUACCUGGCCGCCUUCACCUGGAUGCUGCUGGAGGCCCUGUACCUCUUCCUCACUGCGCGGAACCUGAUGGUGGUCAACUACUCAAGCAUCAACAGAUUCACGAAGAAGCUCAUGUUCCCUGUGGGCUAUGGAGUCCCAGCUGUGAUAGUGGCCAUUUCUGCAGCCUCCAGGCCUCACCUUUAUGGAACACCUUCCCGGUUAAUGCAAAUUCCCACAGUCCUUAUCUUCUCCGGCAUAACCGUGGCCAUUGCUAGAACCUAGAUAGCAUUUUUAUGAUACCUGCUUUUAAUUAGAUCAGUAGGAAUUUUAGGCUCUGUUGGUUGGAUUACACUGCAGCUCCUCAUUCUUAGCUAUUGAGUUUAUUUCAAUUACAUUUCAAACUAGGCAUUGUAGAAGAGGGUUUUUGGAAAUUUUCUGAAUGAAAUAAAGGGCAAGUCUUUGGAAAGUACGAAGAGGACAAAGACACUGUGGCAUAAUCCCUAGGGCAUCUUUCUGCUAGAAGAUUAUAAUAAUUAAGGAGGGUCAGGCUCAGUGGCUCACGCCUGGAAUCCCUGUG